AUGGCGGUCCGUUUCCCCACGCUCGAGGAGCGGGCAACGCUCGUUGGCUUCGCGACGCGCCUCGCUGGCUGCUCGGCUGAGGACGCAGAGCUGCUUGGGGCCACCUGCGCCUCCCUCAUCGCCGACGUCGACGUCGUCCAGGCGUUCAUCUUCACCUCCGCCCCAUUCGAGCCGCGGGAGACGCGGGGGCCGCAGCCGAGGCCAGACGCACCGCUUCCGCCGACCAACUACUGCCGCGGCGGCAUCCCACUCGUUCUCACGUCCCUUUCAGACGACGCCCCGCCGAGGUGUGCCCUGUUUUCCGACACACAGGAGUUGUUUCGCACACAGGAGCCCUUGCUGCGGGCGCUGCAGCUGCGACUGCGGCGAGGAAAAGCCACCCUGACGAGCCUAAACGCGAAGUACAACUACGCCUUCACCGUCGUGACGGUUGGGAAACGGGGAACGGAGGCGAAUGGGCAGGGUGGGAGGAUUUUAACUGGCACGAGCGUGGGCGUGCAGUCCACGCCGGCGACAGAGCAGGCGCCGGGGGACGCCGGUGACACAGUUCCUGCAGCCAACCGAGGUGCGGAGGAGUGCGGCAGGGAGGGGCGCCGCGUGUAUGUGGCCUUCAUGCUGUUUUUGCAGACCCUUGACGCCCUCCUCGCGUGGGUGUCGAGUCUUCUGGGAAUUCUGGACGGCGAAGGGGCGGUCCCGGCGGUUGGGACGUACGUCGUGCGCGACCCAGCGGAAAAGGAGACCGCAACGGACUGGGGCGGGAGCCACACAAGUGGCGAACAGCGUGGCAAGGCGGAUGACACCGCUGGCGGCGUCUCGGCAGCCCAAAGCUGCGAUGCUGCGCCUGCAAAAGAGUCGUCGCAGGGAGGGGCAAAGGGCACGGCUGCGGCCUCAUCCUCCUCUGCGGUAGAGCAUGCAUCGGCUACCGCCACGCGACGACCGCGCAGAGUCCGCGUGACGCGGUACGAGCUGCAUGACGUGAAUAGCAGCUUCCAGCUUUUUCAGUGCCAGGCGAGCCUAUUUUUUUUGCCGGAGUACACAUCUUACGAUCCUCGCCUGCAGCGUCGCCUGCUUGUCCCGGAAUACUACCGAGCCCUACGUGAGACGGUCCGCGACAUCAGCGAAGAAAUAGAGCGCCUGCAGCAAAUUGGGACGGCGUUAACGAAGGAGCGGCCGAAUGGGGUCAUCAUCACCUUUUGCCCUGCAAUUUGCAACUUUUGCUUCAUCCGGGACACCCUGAAGUUGUACUGGAGCGGCUGCGUCGUCGAGGACGACAUCACCUCCCUCCACUAUCACCGGAUGCAGUACAACAAGUGCGUGCUGGAGGUGGCCGAGGUCAUGGGGGUUCUGAGGCAACUUCCCCGCCCACCCGCACGCGAUGCCGCGGGUGGUCGCGCUCGCGGCAGCAAUACUACCACUAGUGCGGCCAGUCGUAGUGGCGCCCCCGCCGCCUCCGUGGAGUGGGUGCUCGCCCCAGAGGAGCGUGGUGCCUUGGAGGCAGGGUUUGCGAGUUUUUGGUCCGUCCGCGGACGCGUGCUCGAGCUGAGCGACUCGCUCACUAGAGAUAUUCAAGCGAAGAAUCGCACGCAUCGCUACCAAAUGCCUGCGCCACCUUUGCCAUCCUCCGCUGCGGCCGCAAACGGGGCUGGAACAGGCGACGGCUUUGCGCAGUGGGUGAGGUCAACCGUGCGCAGCUGGAAACGACUCGUGACGUGUGGGGUAGAGUUGCCUGAGGGUUCGUCCUCGUCGGGGCGCGGGAAUGGGGGGUUUUGCCGCUCCACGCAUUCGCCACAGUACGAGUCAAAGGUGGAACUGCAGCGUCUCGUGCAGCGCUUGGUGAAGGCGGUGGAGGCGCAGGCAACGAUCCUUGAGCGCGAUUUCCCGGGGACUUUCUACAGGGACGCGAAGGCGAAGUGGGCGCAGCGGGCAGGCGGCGUCGUACGUUACUUGGAGUCUGUGAGCGUCGUUUUCUCCCCGCCCGCGUAG